AUGGUACAUUUAACCUUUGCAUUGAAAUCUCAAAAUUUGGAAUGGUUACAACAAAAAGCCAUGAGUGUGAGUGAUCCUUCACAUCCCGACCAUGAAAAUUAUUUAACCAUGAGAGAAAUUUCACAACUCACUAAACCCUCUCCACAACAUCAGGAAUUGGUUUUGCAUUACAUUCGAACCAUUCCAGGUGCUGUCGUGUUGCAUGUGUCAAAACAUGAGAAUUUUAUUUCAUGUUUGUUGCCCAUUUCAUCAGUGAAUAAGUAUUUGAAAGCAAAUAUGCAACCUUAUGUGCAUCAAGAGAGUAGAACUGUCUUGUAUCGAUCCAUGGAGAUUGGAUAUUCAUUACCUUAUGAAAUUUCUCAAAUUGUUUCAUUUGUGAGUGGAAUUGUUCGUAUUCCAAAUAUGAAAUAUUUUGUGAAAUCAAACAGAGUCUCUGAUUCGAAUAUUCCAAUUACUCCUCAUGUAAUUUGGAAGAGGUAUAACAUUACCAUGUCAACCAUGAUUAAUUCUCAGAGUUCACAAGCUGUUGCAUCCUUCUUGGGUCAAUAUUUUAGUUAUAAGGAUUUGUCACAAUUUCAAUCUGCAUUUAAUUUAGUGAGACAAAGUCCAUCUGUGAUGGGACCAAACGAUGAAUCUCAACCAGGUGUUGAAGCGUCAUUGGAUGUUCAAUAUGUUUUUAAGUGUGUGUUUCAUAUCAUGGGUGUAGGAUAUAAAAUCAAUACACUCAUUGUUUCGACUCCAGGAAUUUCAAACAUCACACAGCAAGAACCAUUCAUUGAUUGGAUCAUUAAACAACAAGAAAUGGGAGAUGCUUCUCCUUGGGUUCAUUCUGUGAGUUAUGGAGAUGAUGAAAACACAGGAACAAAAUUUUCACCAACAUGGCCAAAUACAAGCUGGUGGGUGACAUCUGUCGGUUCUACUCAACCCUCUGAUCAAUACUGGGAAGAUAGUGUUUUCUGGAGUGGUGGUGGCUUCUCCACUCUCUAUCAAGCUCCAACUUGGCAAAAAGAUGCCAUUUCACAUUAUUUGAGCAAGAGUGGAAUUCCACCUUCUUCAUUCUUUAAUGUCAAUGGAAGAGCCUAUCCUGAUGUUGCUGCCUUGGGAGUCAAUUAUCAAGUCGUGGUUGGAGGUAGCAUGCGUCCUGUAGGUGGCACUAGCGCAGCAUGUCCUUGCUUUGCAGGUAUUGUGAGCUUGAUGAAUGACGCACGUUUCAGUGUUGGAAAGAAACCUUUAGGAUUUUUAAAUAUUUACUUGUAUCAAACCAUGUCACAAACUCGUGGAGCUUUCUUUGAUAUUGUCCAUGGAUAUAAUGCAGCAGCACCAUGUCCAGUGGGAUUUCCAGCAACCAGUGGCUAUGAUGCUGUGAGUGGUUGGGGAGUUCCAAACUUUACCAUUCUUAGAGAAGUGGCAUUGAAAAAGUAA